AUGUGGCCCUUUGCGUCACUAAGUACCGUUUGCGAUGGUCACUGCGUUGCCAGGUCACGACUGGGUGUCAGUGUCACGACAAAUCCAGCCAAUCGCAUUCAGAAUAUCAGUCUGUGCUCGCGCAAAUUCGAGUCAGAAAAGUUGCUAAGGUUGACUGCAGCUUUGGAUUAUGGAAAAACAGUGAAGUCGGUCGUGGCACUGGCCGGUGGUGAAUCCUGCGACAUCCCUCCCACCUGGAGCGAUGAUUACAUUGGAUGGAAUUAG